GUAAAGAUCUCAGACCCACGUUAUUCUUUCUCUUUCUCUCUCUCCUUCAUCCCCAAUCUCUCUGGUUCGUUGACCGAGAGACGCCGCUUCGACCAAGCGGAAAUCGCCGAUUCCAGGUCCAAGAUCCGUCUAAUUCGAAGCCCCGAUUUCACUAAUCCAAGAUCUAGUGGAACCACCGAAACGGGGACGUUUUUGGACUCUGAUUCGCAGUAAAUCAGUUGAGUUCAGGUUCUCGUGGAGGGUUCUUGAUGCUUUCUAGAUUGUUCUCGUUUCUGGCUUGUUAUUUUGGUAACGGAAAACGCUGUCGUCUUUAGAAAACUUAAUUUAUAGUUGCAAAAAACAGUUAGGGAUUGUGUUUCCAGAUCUGGGUUUGUUCUUCUUUUUCGUUCUGCUGCCUGAAUAUAAGUAUUGGAAAUGUCGAUUUUACCGAAAGGCGAUUCGAUUCAAAUCCGCGAGGUUUGGAGUGAUAAUUUGGAAGAAGAAUUUGCUUUGAUCCGUGGAAUUGUUGACGCUUAUAACUAUAUUGCUAUGGACACCGAGUUCCCCGGCGUGGUUCUUCGCCCCGUCGGGACUUUCAAGAAUAUUAAUGACUAUAACUAUCAAACCCUGAAAGACAAUGUUGAUAUGUUGAAAUUGAUCCAAUUGGGUCUCACAUUCUCUGAUGGGCAUGGGAAUCUGCCCACUUGCGGGACCGAUAAGUUCUGCGUCUGGCAAUUCAAUUUCCGCGAGUUUAAUGUAAGUGAAGAUAUUUUCGCAAGUGAUUCGAUUGAGUUGUUGCGCCAGUGUGGGAUUGAUUUCAAGAAGAAUAACGAGGAGGGCAUUGAUGUGAAUCGCUUCGGGGAGCUCUUGAUGUCGUCGGGGAUUGUGUUGAAUGAUGGCGUGCAAUGGGUUACAUUCCACAGUGGGUAUGAUUUCGGGUACUUGCUUAAGCUGUUGACAUGGCGGAGUUUGCCCGAUACACAGGCGGGGUUCUUUGAUUUGAUCAAUAUGUAUUUCCCGACUGUGUAUGAUAUCAAGCAUUUGAUGAAGUUUUGCAAUAGCCUUCAUGGAGGGUUGAACAAGCUCGCAGAGUUGUUGGAAGUGGAGAGAGUUGGUGUGUGUCAUCAAGCAGGUUCUGAUAGUUUGCUGACGGCUUGUACGUUUAGGAAGUUGAGGGAUACCUUCUUCAACGGCUCUACGGAGAAGUAUGCAGGUGUUCUUUAUGGUCUCGGUGUCGAGAAUGGACAGAGUACUAAUUGAAAGAAAAUAAUUGGGAAAAAGGUUGAUGAAUAUUUGUAGACUACUAAGUGUGAGACUUUCAGUUCUCUUUGUACACUGGCAAAAAGUUGUUGGUUUAGUGGUAACUUAUCUUCUUUGCUUGCUUUGUAACUGAAACCUUGACUGGUUUUGUAGCUCGAGUUGCGUGUACAUUGUUGCAUUUAGUCUUUGAAUAAAGAUUUACGAUGUUUCUUUGCU